AUGGACCCGUCGGGCUCGGCAGAGUCUUUGUCGACGCUGUAUCCAGCGUGUACGGCGUGUCGCAAGCGGGUCGACGCGUUGCUGGCUUCGUUCGAAGCGCCGCUCGCCGGUGCGGCGGCCGGCGCGUCUCCCGCGUCCGUCGCCGCGCAGCAACAGCUGAUGGCUCUGACGCAGCAACUCGCCCGCGAGGUCGCCCGGCUGGAGUCGGUUUUCGAGCGCGAGCGCGCGACGCUCCCCUCGCAGCAGGCGGCGCUUUGGCGGCGGCGCAUCGCCGUCUUGCGCGAGGACACACACGCCGUCCAGAACGCCGUGGACGUGCAUCUGGGUUCUGUACACCGCCGACAAGUCGAGGAGCGGCGACAGAGAGAAGCGCUCUUCGACGCUCGCCGGUUCCGGGGCGCCGAGGAGACGCGCGCCGCCGAGCUGAGUUUCGCGCGGGAGCGCGAGAAGCUCGAAGAAAGCCGUUCGGCGCUGGACGCGAUUCUCGCUCAGGGCCGCGGCGUCCUCGACAAGAUGGUGCACCAGAACAGCGUGUUGAAAAGCGCCAAGCGAAAGAUCCUCGACAUGACCACCUCAGCGGGUCUCUCCGCAAGCGUUCUCGGCGCGGUUUCGCGGCGAGAAGCGACCGACCGCCGCCUCGUCUGGGGCGGAAUGCUCUUCACCCUCCUCUUCUUCUUCCUCCUCUACCGAUACGUCCACGGGAACGGCAGCGAUGCAGCAGAGACAGCCUGGGAAUCCGCCGCAGCGCCUGACGCGUGA